CCGCAGUGGGCCGUCUGCCAGUCCGCAGCCCCGGGCCCGCUCCGACCGAGCCCCGGCCGCACCCCACAGCCCGCACCCCCGGCGGCCGCCCCCGCCCGCUCGGCAAGAUGUCGGUGAAGGAGGGUGCGCAGCGCAAGUGGGUUGCGCUGAAAGAGAAGCUGGGGCCGCAGGACUCGGACCCCACAGAGGCCAACCUGGAGAACGCGGACCCCGAGCUCUGCAUCCGGCUGCUGCAGAUGCCCUCGGUGGUCAACUACUCCGGCCUGCGCAAGCGGCUGGAGAGCAGCGACGGCGGCUGGAUGGUGCAGUUCCUGGAGCAGAGCGGCCUGGACCUGCUGCUCGAGGCGCUGGCCCGCCUGUCGGGCCGCGGCGUGGCCCGCAUCGCCGACGCCCUGCUGCAGCUCACCUGCGUCAGCUGCGUGCGCGCUGUGAUGAACUCGCAGCAGGGCAUGGAGUACAUCCUCAGCAACCAGGCCUACGUGCGCCAGCUCUCCCGGGCUCUGGACACGUCCAAUGUGAUGGUCAAGAAGCAGGUGUUCGAGCUGCUGGCCGCCCUGUGCAUCUACUCGCCUGAAGGCCACGCCUUGGCCCUGGACGCCCUCGACCAUUACAAGACAGUGUGCGGCCAGCAGUACCGCUUCAGCCUCCUCAUGACGGAGCUGGCCCACAGCGACAAUGUGCCCUACGUCGUCACCCUGCUCAGCGUGGUCAACGCCAUCAUCCUGGGCCCCGAGGACCUGCGCGCCCGCACGCAGCUGCGCAGCGAGUUCGUCGGGCUGCAGCUGCUGGAUGUCCUGACUCGGCUCCGGGACCUGGAGGACGCAGACCUGCUGAUCCAGCUGGAGGCCUUCGAGGAGGCGCGGGCGGAGGACGAGGAGGAGCUGCGGCAAGCCUGCGGCGUCGACAUGAACAGCCACCAGGAGGUCUUCGCCUCCCUCUUCCACAAGGUCAGCCGCUCCCCGGUGUCCGCGCAGCUGCUGUCCAUGCUGCAGGGCCUCCUGCACCUCGAGCCCGGCCUCCGCUCCAGCCAGCUGCUCUGGGAGGCCCUGGAGAGCCUGGUGCACCGGGCCGUGCUCCUGGCCAGUGGCGCCCAGGAGUGCACCCUGGAGGAGGUGGUCCAGCGGCUCCUGUCCAUGAAGGGGCGGCCCCACCCAAGCGCCCCGGACAAGGCCCACAAAGGCGUCCAGGCCAACCUAGGCCAGAGUCAGGGUGGCGGUGCCCCCCAAAACACAGGCGCCCCGGAGGUGGGUGCGGAGGGCCAAGGGCCGGUGGCCACCCCCACCACCGCACCUGCCGUCAGUGACCGGAGUCCCAGCAGUGAGACCCCUCCACAGCCGACUGCCCUGGAGCAGCCAGCACCUGCCCUCCCUGGCUCCGCGGCUGCACCCCCGCCCCCCCCCCCACUGCCAGGCCCAGGGGCCUCGAUGCCCCCGCCCCCACCCCCGCCCCCCCUGCCAGGCCCAGGGGCCUCCAUCCCCCCGCCCCCGCCCCCUCCCCCCCUGCCAGGCCCAGGGGCCUCCGUCCCCCCGCCCCCGCCCCCUCCCCCCCUGCCAGGCCCAGGGGCCUCCGCCCCCCCGCCCCCGCCCCCCCUGCCAGGCCCGGGGGCCUCGAUGCCCCCGCCCCCGCCCCCCCUGCCAGGCCCGGGGACCUCGUUCCCUGUGCUCCCUCCACCGCCCCCAUUGCCUGGCCCUGGUGGGACUCUGCCCCCGGCUCCUCCGCCGCCCCCAGGCCCGGGGUGCUCACCCACAUCCCUGCCAAGCUCCUCGAGCCCUCCUGCACUGGGUGGUGAGGAGAUCAUUGUGGCCCAAGUGGACCACGGCCUGGGCUCCGCCUGGGUCCCCAGCCACCGGCUGGUGGCCCCCCCCACGCUGCGCAUGAAGAAGCUGAACUGGCAGAAACUGCCGUCCCAUGUGGCCCAAGAGCACAGCUCCAUGUGGGCCUCGCUGAGCAGCCCGGAGGCCGAGGUGGUGGAGCCCGACUUCUCCAGCAUCGAGCGGCUCUUCUCCUUCCCGGCGGCCAAGCCCAGGGAGCCGGCAGCGGCCCCAGCCCGCAAGGAGCCCAAGGAGAUCACGUUUCUGGACUCCAAGAAGAGCCUGAACCUCAACAUCUUUCUGAAGCAGUUCAAGUGCUCCAACGAGGAGGUCACCGCGAUGAUCCGUGCGGGGGACACCAGCAGGUUCGACGUGGAGGUGCUCAAGCAGCUCCUCAAGCUCCUGCCCGAGAAGCACGAGAUCGAAAACCUGCGUUCAUUCACGGAGGACCGAGCCAAGCUGGCCAGCGCCGACCAGUUCUACCUGCUCCUGCUGGGUGUCCCCUGCUACCAGCUGCGGGUCGAGUGCAUGCUGCAGUGCGAGCACACGGCCGUCGUGCUGGACAUGGCCCGGCCCAAGGCCCAGCUGGCACUGGCCGCCUGCGAGGGCCUGCUCUCCAGCCGCCGGCUGCCGGUCUUCUGCCAGCUGAUCCUGAGAAUCGGGAACUUCCUCAACUACGGCAGCCACACAGGGAAUGCUGACGGCUUCAAGAUCGGCACGCUGCUGAAGCUCACGGAGACCAAGUCCCAGCAGAGCCGUGUGACCCUGCUGCACCACGUGCUGGAGGAGGUGGAGAAGAGCCACCCAGAUCUCCUGCAGCUGCCCCAGGACCUGGAGCAGCCCUCCCGGGCGGCAGGGAUCAACCUCGAGCUCAUCCACGCGGAGGUCAGCGGCAGCCUGAAGCGGCUGCUGGACGUGGAGCGCAAGGUGGCAGCCUCGGCCCCGGAGGUGCAGGAGCAGUACACUGAGCGCCUGCAGGCCAGCAUCGAGGCCUGCCGGGCGCUGGAGGAGGUGUUCCAGGCUGUGGAGCAGAAGAGGCUGGAGCUGGCCCACUACCUGUGCGAGGACGCCCAGCAGCUGUCCCUGGAGGACACGUUCAGCACCAUGAGGGCCUUCCGGGACCUCUUCACCCGCGCCCUGAAGGAGAACAAGGACCGGCAGGAGCAGGCAGCCAAGGCCGAGAGGCGGAAGCGGCAGCUGGCGGAGGAGGAGGCUCGGAGGCCGCGGGGCGAGGAUGGGAAGCCUGUCAGGAAGGGAGACAGGAAGCAGGAGGAGCCGUGUGUCAUCGACGCCCUGCUGGCCGACAUCAGGAAGGGCUUCCGGCUGCGGAAGACGGCCCGCGGCCGAGGGGACGCGGAGGGGGGCGGCCGGGCGGCCGCCGCGGAGCCCCGGAGGGACAAGGCGCCUGUGGCCUCCGCGGACCCCGCAGGAGGCCCCGUGCGAGGCACCAGCUGCCCUGCCUCCGGACCUGGUCUGGACGUGGCAGCAGCCAGGGAGCCCCAGGACUGGGACCUCGCGGAUGCCACCGUCCCCGGCCCACAGCCCCUGGGGGACCGGCCGGAGGAGGUUGGCCCAGGGCCCCAGGAGAGGCGAUCUUCCUGGUACGUCGAUGCCUGUGACUUCCUGUCCACGGAGGACGCUCAGGCCCUGAAGCCCCUCCAGUUUUCCAUGGAGAAGCCUCCUGGGGCCCUGGGUCCGAGCCAGGACGCUGAGGCCCCCGCAGCCCCCCGGGACGUCAGCCGGGCCGAAGCUGACAGCACAGGAGACGAGCCAGGGGACAUGGCUGCCCAGGGCCGCGGAGCCGGCCUUCCCGCCGCAGGCCCCGACGGGGACGGGGACAAGGAGGACACGGCCCCAGAUUCCGCACUGGACACGUCCCUGGACAGGUCCUUCUCCGAGGAUUCGGUGACCGACUCCUCGGGGUCCGGCACCCUCCCCCGGGCCCAGGGCCGGGCCUCAAAGGGAGCGGGCAGGCGGAGGAAGACGCGCUCGUCCCGGGUCCAGGAAGGCCUCAGGCCCAAGCCCAAAGCCAAGUGACAGAGCUCGCACGACGGCUGUUCCGCAGCAGCGGGCCCUGGACGGCUGCGGAGAGAGGAGGGCCCCGGCCCGGGCUGUGGCCGGGCGCCAGGAAGCCUAGACUCGGUGCCUUACCCAGCCAGGGAGGCGGGCGUCCGGAGCCGCCGGGGGCGUCGGGCCAGAUCCCACACGCCCCGCCAGCCCGCGGACCCUCGGCGCCGCCCG